ACUCGGAGCCCCAGAGGCUCGAGUAAAGUCCGUGUGGUUUCCUCUCACGGACUACGGAAGACAACCGGACACGAUCGAGACCGAUUGACAAGCCUAUCGUGCCCGUGGAACACAUUUGCACGACACCGCCGUUGCAUGCUUCUCUUAAGAAAAAAAAAAUACUUUAACUCGCUCUGCACAUGCAUCACUCUGACCAAAUAAUAUUAGAAACCCGGGCGGUAUGCAAAAAAAAUCCAAUAAACAACGGGUUCGGUUUGCGUGAAAUGUGUCCAUUUCUUCCUGUUUAGCGUUUAGUCUCCCACUGAGGUGUAGUUUCUCUUCAAGAGGCGAGGAAUGCUAUCUGAGCAUCAAUGUUUCACUGGGGAAAGUGGAAGAAGAGGAUGGGAGCCAAUAGUUCUUCAAAGAGACCCGUUUUUGACGAAAAGGAAGAUGUGAAUUUUGACCACUUUCAGAUAUUGCGGGCAAUCGGGAAGGGCAGCUUUGGAAAGGUAUGCAUCGUGCAAAAGAGGGACACAGAGAAGAUGUACGCCAUGAAGUACAUGAACAAACAACAAUGUAUCGAAAGAGAUGAGGUCCGAAACGUCUUUAGAGAGCUUGAGAUUCUACAGGAAAUUGAACAUCUUUUUUUAGUCAAUCUCUGGUACUCAUUCCAGGAUGAGGAGGACAUGUUUAUGGUGGUGGAUCUCCUGCUCGGAGGAGACCUUCGUUACCAUUUGCAGCAGAGUGUCCCCUUCAGUGAAGAUGCCGUUAAACUUUACCUCUGCGAGAUGACACUUGCGCUCGACUACCUGCAGAGCCAGCACAUCAUCCACAGAGACGUCAAACCAGACAACAUUCUUUUGGAUGAGCAAGGCCAUGCUCAUCUGACAGACUUCAACAUAGCCACCAUAAUAAAGGAUGGAGAGCGAGCAACGGCCUUAGCUGGAACCAAGCCGUACAUGGCUCCUGAGAUCUUUCAGUCUUUCAUGAAUGGAGGGAUGGGCUAUGCCUUUGACGUAGACUGGUGGUCAUUAGGCGUGACCAUUUUCGAAGUGCUACGGGGAUGGAGGCCCUAUGACAUUCAUGCCAGUAACUCACUGGAGUCUUUAAUCCAGCUCUUCAGCACAGUCAGUGUCCAGUACAGCCCGGCCUGGCCCAAAAACCUGGUUUCUCUCUUGAGGAAGCUACUUACAGUGAACCCUGAGCAUCGUUUCUCCAGCCUGUCUGACAUGCAGACCUCUCCCUACCUCGCUGACAUCAACUGGGACGCCAUUUACGAAAAGAAAACUGACGCUGGAUUUGUUCCAAAUAAAGGUCGUCUCCACUGCGAUCCCACUUUUGAGCUGGAGGAGAUGAUUUUGGAAUCUCGCCCCCUUCAUAAGAAGAAGAAAAGACUGGCGAAGAACCGGUCUCGAGACAACAGCAAAGAUUCACAAUCUGAGAAUGACUAUCUACAGGAGUGCCUUGAAGCAGUGCAGCAGGAGUUCAUGAUUUUCAACCGAGAGAAAUUGAAAAAGCGUCAAGAAGAGGCGCAUAGCGAGGCCGGGGGAGACGACGACGCCGGGGGAGACGCCGAGGCCGGCGGCACGGACGACGACGCGGCGGCGGCCGAUCCCGACCCGGAACCCGAGCCCGAAUCCUCUUCCAAACUGAGCAUGUGUGGCUCGGUGUGCUCGUCCCCUGGCAGCUGCUAGUGGCACAUCAGCUCUCUGCGCACGAUCCAGGAUGAAGGUCUCUCUCUCAGUGCCAUGCCCGUAGAUAUAUUCUCUCCUCUCUCCUUUGCAGUUGCCAGGAGGGGAGGAGGAAGCACACAGCGGGACUGACUCACUGUUGGACCCAAUUAGUUUCAUUCCGUAGCUCCCUUCCCCGGCCGGUAAGGCAAGAACCAAGCAGAUUGUCCACCUCCUUGUCCGCCCCUCAAUAUGCUCCAACUUCUAUGCAAGGUUGCGCUUCAUUCACAGCAUUGCAAAGAGUAUCACACAGUAUAAGGAUGAUGACGACAUCCUGCCUGAGCAAUUGCUCUUGGUGAUAUUUUGGUGGCUUUGCUGGUUUUAGUCCAGAUGCAUUUUCCUGCCUCCUAUUCAAAAUGAGCCGAGGAUGUCUGAAUUAUUCAACACACAGGCGCUUUUACAGUUUUAGCUCGUCUCUGCUUCACUCCUCCCCUCAGCCUCUCUCUCUUAUGUCAUGAAUGCCCUAAUUCAGAGCAAUUGUAUUUUGGAUGUCCUGCCUGGUGGAGUUGUAUUGCCACACCUUCCUCGAAUCAUCGGCCUUUAUGAAAUCGAAUUUACACGGUUGACAUCGAAAGAUGCCGUCGUUCAGACCUCGUAUACUUAAGACGUAAGGUAGAGUUAAGAUUGGGAAAAUCAACUAGCUGUCAGUUCUUCCAACUAUUUUCACAAUCAACUCCAGUAUUGCCAUCACGAUAGUUGUUCGGUUGAAACGCGCGGGAAAACGUAGCAAUGAUCCACUUUCGAGCCCGUUCCAAACUGAAAAGCAUGUAAAUAGCCUCAAUUGUAGGUACCAAAAGAAAAAUCACCACAGUUUUAUGUGGCGCUGCAAAGUCAACAUAUUUCAAGUCAACUAAAGAAGGAAGCUUGUGGAGGAGUCAAUCCUUCGCAUGGCUUCGUUCUGCUCUUGGCUCCAAGUGUGCAGGCACAUCUUGUAGGCAACAUAGGCCAAAGCUUUUCUACCAUUUGCAUAACCAUUUCUAAGCAAGUAUGUGAAUGAAUGGGUUUGUUUUUCUUCUUUGUGUAAAACUAAACAGUCCGCUGUCCAAUCCUAUUGCCCACGCUCAGUAUUGGGGUCAGAAGGGAACUGAAUGACCUGCAAAAGAGCUGAAAGAAAGCGUUAUCUGGCUAAAUGACAGAAAACAGUACUUUUCGAUAUCUUUCGGGCCAACACAAUCCAUCGCACCGAAUUAGUUCCAUUUUAUAACUAAUCCGAGUUAGGACGUUUCACGACAGUCAUGAAUGCGCACAAUGAAGUCAUUUGGAUGCAUGACUGAAUGUAUUCAAACAAAUGUUUACUGUAAUACUAUCUGAGGAAGAAAAGACUUUUACAGCCCACUUCUGUCUUGCCACCAAAAAAGCCAAACAUUCAAGUUAUGUAAUCCUUUGAUGCUUUCUACACUGAGCUCGUGCACCCAUGUCUUGUCAUUUAAAAAAAAAAAAAAAGUCUGUCUUUGGGAUCUUUGAAUUUUGAGGUCUGACUCAAAUAUUGUCUCUUUAAAAUACUGACCUUAGUCCCCGCACUGUUUAAUUAGCGUGAUUGGGUUAUUAAAAUGAAUGAAUGAGACAUCAAAUGUAGCAUCAGCCAAGUCUGUCCUAUACCGUCUAUUUUUUCCCCCACGUAUUAUUUUUUAUUAUGCAUGCGGAGUACAGUAUAAGGCUGAUUUGGCCAAAGCCUGGAGCUUCACGGCUGAUUUGUGCAUGCUCAAGCUAUUGAUAAUAGCAUACCUCAAUUUUCACACCAUUGUUGACUCGGAGUGCAACUGGCCUGCCUCUUUUAUCCGUAUUGAAUUGGGUCUUCUAUGGACGGCAUGAUAUUAAUGUCAUGUAUGAAUUAGCGUCUGGGAUCCUGUUAGUUGUCUUGAUAGUUUUAAUGUUCCUAUGGCCGUGAGAAUGUUCUGGUGUUUUUUUCCCCCGACGGUCGAUGACUUGUCAUUACGGUGAAUACAAUUGGACAGUAAACAUUUGUUCCCAAGUUGUACGAAAUGAAAGAAAGCAAAGCGCUCAACGCAAAUCCCCUUGUAUUACAGUGAACCCCAAUGAUCUGAAAUCUGCCAUUCUAGUGGGAGCAUCAAAAAAAAAAAUGAUUUGGUAUCAUUGAUUUCACGCCUACCAUGCGCUUUUAGCAAAUUCAAACAUGCAUUUGAAUACAAUUUGUACAUUGAAUUUUUUUUGGGGGGGGGGAAUACUGUACAGUAUUGAAAAGUGCUGCAUGCUGUCAAUAGAGGGCAGUCAUGUUUGUAGUUCCAUAGCCAGGUCGGUUGAGUGUCAAUUCGGAACGUCUUCAAACAACUGCUAAGUAACAAGCGUCCUUCAUAAAGCAUAUCAAGGAGGUUUGUUUUCUCCUGUAUGGUCAGGAUCUUCCUCUCCAAAAUGUUGCCAUCGUAGAGCUAAAAAGUAUCCAGACGUUACCAGCAGCCGAUCGCGGCCGGAAAUCCACUGAUAUUGCUUCAUAGGCGGUACAUAUUUCUCGAAUUGCAAUAUGGGUAUUUCUUUUCAACACAGUACAGAAAGAAACUUGACAACCUGACAGUACUACACAAAAACACCACACUUUCAAGUUGUUACUCUAGCGGAACUAGUGAGUGGAAGAAGGGGUUCCAAAAAAGGAAGAAAAUCUUCCAUAUUUGGGGAAAUGGAUGGAAACUGUGUACACAUCAUUUCAAAUACAGUGUGUGCAUUAUGCCAAUUAUUGCUCAAUGAAGAACUGUUUUGAUGAUUGUAGCUUUGAAUGCCAGUCCCUUUGUUUUUGUUUUGUUUUUUUCGAUAGCAGUGAUCAUUCCCAGAUGGACAUUGCUUGCUCACUUUACUGGCGUGUUCCUCAAGUGGUCGUUUGGAUGCUCUUUGGUGUUUUUAAAGCGCUCUGUGCUUGUUUUUGAGCAGCAAAGCAUGUCUCCUAAUCAGCAGUGGUCCACUGGAUGCCCUCAAUGAAUGUCUGUCCUUUACACUUUGAAAGUCGCUGCCCUGUUCCCAUUUAAUUCGGACGAUGCCAUUUUAUGAGGGGAUUUGAUGAAAAAGCCUUCUUCUGUAAACUGCUUUUGUGUUCUCAACAUGCUACUUUCAUAAAGAAAUAAAACUCCUUCCCAGAA